GGUGGGAGCCCUGCGGUGGUACCAGGUUCGUGUGAGGGGAGGCGCGGUGGUGGUUGCCCCUGUGGGGGCAACGGGGGGGCCUUUAUCCCCCUGUGCCUGCUGUGAGCCUGGAGCUGCAGCCGCUGGUUCUGUGGCCUGCCUGCCUCACGUUCCUGUUUGAAAUGAGUGUGUAGGUUCUCACAGGGAUGUAGCUUGGGUAAGGGAGUUAUGCAGGGGCUUGAAGUGUUUUGAGACAGACAUGUUGAUUAAGAAGGAUCUGGUAUUAUAGUAAUACCUGCUCUAGCUGUAAUACCUAUUAUACCUGUAAUACCUAAUAUAAUGGCGUGAUAGUCAGAAAGCUGAGUUGCUAUGAGGUGAGGGUAGUGGAGUUGGCCGUGGAGAUUCUCCAAGGUCAAGGAAGGUGAAUGACACAUGUUUCUACCCAUACAUAAACAGAAAGUUUUGGAUUUGGGUGCCCUCAUUUCAGCAUCCUUUUAUUAGCUAGCACACGACAAAUCUCUUUUAAGAUAACUUCUGUGUGUUGUAAAAAACAUUGAUACGAAAGGCUAGGUACUCAGUCCCUCAUCCCUACUAAAGCCUUCAACUAUAAGAUGCAAAUAUGUAUCUUCUUUUAUAAGUAACUUUAAUUUUAUUCUUCCUUUUGGUGUAGGAUAAAGCCUGGAACUGAAACAGCAUGUACCAGAUUUGCAGCUGUUAGGCUGAAAAGAUCUAGAUGAAGAUUGAAAAGCAUUCUUGUCCUAGGAAUAUUGUGCACCAAGGAAGGGAAAGAAAGAGUAAAGAGAAUACAGGAGUCAGCGCUUCUGCCUACAGACUGUUAGAAUUAAUCUUUAGCUUUAAGCCUCUAGAAAGAAUAGACUGUACCAAUAGUUUAUCAUAAAUGUAUCCUAAUUCAGGAUUCAGAUUAAAGUAGGUUAACCCAACAAGCCACUAAAAUCAAAAGGCAGAAUGCAAAAUUGAUUGUUGAAUUAUGACUGUCACAUCAGCUCCAGUUUAGCAUGGUGACAUCAAGAUAAGUCAGUGUAUACCCGUACAGAAGUUCUUCAGUUUUACAAGACAGUUCUAAUGUUGAGACUCUUGGUUCCUAAGGGUGAAACACAAUUGAAUUAAAACCCACCGGAAUUUUGGUUGGAAAUCAUCCACGGAUGAACUUAACUGGUGCUUUCUUAAAACAAACUGGAAAUUAACUGCUUUGUAGUUCAGAGAAAAGCAUAACUGUGAGAAAAUAUGAAUUUCUACUUGAGGAUGAAAGCGGAAUUGAAGAAGAGAUUUAUAAAACCAGGUUCAACUGUGGCUAUAAAAAGUGUUCCUGAAACAAGUCAUGGGUAGGUAACUUAAAACAAUGAAGGAAAAGGAGGAGAAGAUCUUGACAUUUCUUCAGUGAUCUUGAAUGAACAAGUGUCACGCAGACCAGCAAUUAUCAAGUGGUGCCGUUUGAGAUUCACGUUGCAGAAGCUGCUACAGGUGCCAUAAUGAAAGUGGAGUCUGCUUGAAUUCCUGGACCCUGAGCAAGGCCCAUGGCAACACUAUGAACCCAUCGUGGAGUCUGGAAACUGUGAACUGGGGCUGUUUUUACUAAAAAGUACUAGGAUUUUGAUUGUCUCAUCAUUCUAUAUGGACAUAUAUUUCUCCACACAAAGCAAAUCUGAUGUCAGUUGUUUCCGAGGUGACCUCACAAGUGACCCUUGUCCACUCUUCAUUCCAUCAGGGUGCUGGACUGAGCAGUCUGCAAAGUCUGAAUGCCUCUCUCACCUCUUGACAACAGCACCCUCAAACAUAAGCUCGACGGAGAUCAACUAUCACUGUUUCAGCAGCCAGAAAUGACGUCCACCCCUCGUCCAGCAUCAGAGAAUAAGAACUUCAGAGGAAGGAAUGCGACUUCAUAAAUAGCAAACCACAGACACUAAUGGGGAGCAGAGGCAAACCUGCAGGUUAAAAAUUCGUCGCAAGAGAAGCCCAUACAUCCACACUGCCUGAAGAUUCAAAGAUGAUUUCAGCUCUAGCAUUGGUUUUUCUCCUCUGCCUCUCUUGUCCUUUUUCAUCAUGUCAGCAGAGAAGAGCAGGAGGUGAAGUUGGGCCAGAAAUGCUGGAAGAGAUGAGAGAAACUAACCGUGUGCUAAUGGAAGUUCGAGACUUGUUGAAACAGCAGAUUAAGGAGAUAACAUUCCUGAAGAAUACAGUCAUGGAGUGUGAUGCCUGUGGCAUGCACACGGAGGCGACAGGCCCUCUCAUCACCGUGACACAGUUUAACAGAUGCCUCCCAAACCCCUGCUUCCCUGGAGUGGCCUGCACCGAGACCGGCACUGGCUUCCGCUGCGGACCCUGUCCCCCGGGUUAUUCAGGCAAUGGGUCCCACUGCACAGAUAUCAAUGAGUGCAACGCAAACCCCUGCUUCCCGAAGGUCCAGUGCAUUAACACCACCCCUGGCUUCCGCUGUGAUCCCUGCCCUCCCGGCUUCACUGGGCAAAUGGUUGAAGGCGUUGGACUAGCUUAUGCCAGGGCCAACAAACAGGUUUGUACUGACAUCAACGAAUGCGAGACAGGUGCUGCCAGAAAUUGUGUCCCAAACUCUAUCUGCAUCAAUACACGGGGAUCCUACAAGUGCGGGGCUUGUAAACCUGGCUUUGUUGGGGAUCAAGUCACUGGCUGCAAGAGCCAGACAGUGAGACGCUGUCCUAAUGGUGAAAUUAGUCCAUGCCACGAGAAAGCACAGUGCAUCGUGGAGCGCGACGGGUCCCUCUCCUGCGUGUGCCUCGUGGGGUGGGCAGGGAACGGCUAUGUCUGUGGGAAGGAUACGGACAUUGAUGGAGUCCCUGAUGAGAAGCAACGCUGCUCUGACAAAAAAUGCCGCAAGGAUAACUGCAUGACUGUCCCCAACUCUGGCCAAGAGGAUGCAGACAGGGAUGGAAUUGGAGAUGCUUGUGAUGAUGAUGCUGACGGAGAUGGGAUAUCAAAUGCUGAGGACAACUGCAUGUACACACGCAACGCAGACCAGCGCAAUGCAGACAAGGAUAACUUUGGUGAUGCCUGUGACAACUGUCGCCAAGUGAAGAACAACGAUCAGCGGGACAUUGAUGGCGAUGGGAGGGGAGACGAGUGUGACGAUGACAUGGAUGGAGAUGGGAUCAAAAACACAAUGGACAACUGUAAAAGAGUUCCUAACUCUGAUCAAAAAGAUAGCGAUGGUGAUGGCGUAGGAGAUGUGUGUGACAGCUGCCCAACAGUCAGUAACCCAGACCAGAAAGAUACUGAUCAUGAUCUAGUGGGAGAUGUCUGUGACACCAACCAGGACAGUGAUGGGGAUGGCCACCAAGAUACACGGGAUAACUGCCCAUCAGUGCCCAACAGCUCCCAGCUGGACACAGACAAUGACGGGCUGGGAGAUGAAUGCGAUGAUGAUGACGACGAUGACGGUAUUCCAGAUGAGAAACCUCCAGGCCCCGACAACUGUCGGCUUGUCCCUAACCCUGGCCAAGAAGACUCAGACGGUGAUGGUGUGGGAAACCUUUGUGAAGAUGACUUUGACAGAGACACAGUGAUUGACAGAAUUGAUGUGUGCCCAGAGAAUGCAGAAGUGACACUAACAGACUUCAGGGCUUUCCAGACGGUUGUAUUGGACCCUGAGGGUGAUGCACAGAUUGACCCCAACUGGAUUGUCCUCAACCAGGGCAUGGAAAUUGUCCAGACCAUGAACAGCGAUCCUGGCCUGGCUGUAGGUUACACGGCAUUCAAUGGAGUGGACUUUGAGGGCACAUUCCAUGUCAACACUGUCACAGAUGAUGAUUAUGCUGGCUUCAUAUUUGGCUACCAGGACAGUUCCAGCUUUUAUGUGGUCAUGUGGAAGCAGAUGGAACAGACAUAUUGGCAGGCAAACCCCUUCCGAGCAGUAGCAGAACCUGGAAUUCAACUGAAGGCAGUGAAAUCUAAAACAGGCCCGGGUGAGUAUCUCCGCAAUUCUCUCUGGCACACUGGAGACACCACAGACCAGGUCAAACUGCUGUGGAAAGACCCUCGCAAUUCUGGCUGGAAGGACAAGACAUCUUACCGCUGGUUCCUGCAACAUCGGCCUCAAGUCGGAUACAUCAGAGCUCGCUUCUAUGAAGGCCCUGAAGUAGUAGCAGACACUGGAGUUGUCCUUGAUACAACUAUGCGAGGAGGACGCCUGGGAGUCUUCUGCUUCUCCCAAGAGAACAUUAUCUGGUCAAACCUGCGUUAUCGCUGCAACGACACCAUUCCAGAAGACUAUGAAACAUUUAGAGUUCAGCAAGACUAACGUCUGAUUUAAACGUCUGUCCAGCCAAACUUGCUUUAAAAAUCGUGCUCGGCUGCCCCACUAUUGCGCUGGUAUACUGUAUAAAGAACUGUAAGUAACGUACCACUGCACUCUGCACAGCACCAAGUGUCAACGCAUUAUCUGGCAUCUUUUCUACAACAGCAACUUUCUUUAAAUGCUACGAAAACCCCUCGGAACGGCAGAGAUGUAGACAGCAAGUGUGAAUAGAAGCCUGUAAACACUAGUUCUCUAUGCUACCUGGAAAAAGAUGUGCUGAGAAGCUACCUGCAGUAGCUGGAAUUGUUUGAGUAAGUUUAGCGUGGAUGAUUCCCAGGAAUCUUUUCCCUACUCAAAGGCUCUCAAGUGUGAAUGUUGUUCUCCUUUUCAAGACCUACUGCAAAGCAAACCCAGCACUAGUCUGAAAAGGACACAGAGAGCAGCCUAUGUACAAGUUGCUCACAAAACAUUAAAAAAAGCACUUUAAGGAGAGUAUCUUUGUUCUGGAAUGUUGGAUAAUAAAUACUUGGAAUGUUGGAUAAUAAAUACUAGACUUCUCCUUG